CUUCUUCCUUACAAUGACCUGGACUGGCAGGACAUAUUAGUACCUGUCAUCAAAUAAUUUUCUCUCGACUAAAAAAAUUCACUUUCCUAGUAACUGAACCAUCAAGAACAGAAACCCCUCCCUGUUCUUCUCCACAUCCUUAUCUUCAACACCAUGUCUAACACAAGACCAGACAACCCACAAACUCUCGAACCCAUCGCCAGAGCAGUAGGUGGAACAGAGCACAGUUGGUGCAAAGCAAUUCCUGCCGGAACAGGCAUAACAGUCUUAGGCCUUCUCCUUUCAAAGGCUCCAAAUAUCCCUUUUUUCCAAGCAGCCCUCCAUCAACUCCAAUCUUCUCACCCCAUCCUCCGUUCCAAGCUCCACUUUGACACGCCCACAGCCUCCUUCUCCUACAUAACUCCACCCUCUCCUCACCUCCAAAUCCAAUUCUUCGAUCUUCCAUCAACCACAGCUAUACAUAACUCUAUUACUACUACUACUACUGAUAAUAAUAAUAAUAUCACCCCGUACCAUCUCCUUCUCGAGCAUGAAAUGAAUAAAAACUCAUGGUCAUCCUCCUCCAGCGACAAUGAUCUGUUCUUCGCUAGCGUUUAUACACUAAGCGAAACCAGAUGGGUGUUGGUUCUCCGGCUGCACACGUCGGCUUGUGACCGUGCAUCGGCUGCAGCAUUGCUGAGAGAGCUGCUUGAGCAAAUGGGAGGUGGUGGUGAGAUAGAGAACUAUAAAGAAGAACUUGGGGUGCCAAUUGAGGACUGUAUUCCUGAUGGGAAAUCUAGUAAGUGGUUCUGGGCCAGAGGAAUGGAUGUUGUUGGGUAUUCUCUGAAUUCUUUCAGAUUGGCCAAUUUGAAUUUCAUUGAUGCUAGCUCUGCAAGACGUUCUCAAGUGAUUAGACUGCAGAUCAACUCUGAUCAAACAUUCAAGCUUGUUGAGGGUUGCAAGUCAAGAGGGAUUAAACUGUGUGGAGCAUUAGCAGCUGCAGGUUUGAUUGCAGCACAUUCCACUAAAGACCUUCCUCAUGACCAGUCUCACAAGUAUGCUGUUGUAACCCUGGUCGAUUGUCGCUCCAUUCUUGAUCCUGUUCUCAGUAGCCAUAAUCUUGGUAAUGCCUUUUUUUUUUUUUCUUUUCAUAGAUAAUAUCAUUCAUUGGAUAUUCAGCACAAACUAUGGGAGGUAGCACAUUGAUUAUAUUUUUAAAUGCAAAAGAAAAACAACAAGCACUUCACAGACAUGGGCGACCUGAACUUUCUAAUGGGUAAGGCGAUCGAUAAUCCAGGUUUAACACCAUCAUCAUCAUCUAGAACUGCCUGCAUAUCAGUGUUCGAGGACCCUGUGAUUGAUGAAUCUGAUAAUGCAAUGCAUGGAGAGCUUGGAUUGGAGGAUUACGUUGGGUGUGCUUCGGUCCAUGGUGUCGGUCCAUCCCUUGCUUUCUUCGACACCAUACGCAACGGACGGUUGGAUUGUGCUUGUGUAUAUCCAUCACCAUUGCAUUCCAGGGAGCAAAUACAGAAGUUGAUUGAUGAUAUGAAGAGAAUUCUUGUGGAUUCUUGUGCCAAUGAUGUAGAGGGAGGAGAGACCUAAAUCAUGUUCUGCGAACUAUAUGUGUUAGGAGUUAUGGGCCAGGCCAUUGUUUUGCCUGAGCAUUAGGCCCAUUAAUUACCCAAUGGUUGUUCAUUAAUCAACCAUGCAUUAAUGAGGAGCUUAAUACAAUAAAUCUUUGGUAGUUUAUGGA